UUCUUUUCGAGCUUCGUUUCAUUUUCUUAUAUGUUUUGAGCAUUCGAUCAACCCAUGGCUGAUGACAAAAAGCAACAGAAAUCAAAGCACCCUUGCAAAUCUCCGCUGGGCGUCUCGCCCAAGGACUUGGCUAGCAGUAUACCCAUGCUCCUCUGGAAGCUGGGCGUCGCUCUCGGCUGCAAGCGUACCAAGGUGGAGUAUGGCAGAGUGUUCGUCAAACCGGAAACUCAAAUGAAAAUUAAACUGAACGAUUUUCGGCAACGCUUCAAGCAAUUGCAGUCAACGACAGAUUUGCAGGAGCAGUGUCUUCAAGAGCAUCGUUAUAAGCUCUUUUUACAUCUGUAUCGGCUACUUUUACGACUCGAGCCAAGUGAAACAAAACGCCAACAAUAUCUCGCAUUUUGCUAUCACCUGUUCGAUGAGGAAAACCCGCAGAAAAUGCAGCUAGAGGGCAAAUUGAGAUAUCAGGAAGACUUCACCGAGAACCUCAUUUGCUUGGCCCAAAAUGUGCUGCACUUGAACGAGAAGGAAUUGGAGAUAAGUUCGUCAAAAGAGCGAACUGGCGUAGUUCUUGAACUGGGUUUAGUCUAUGUAAUGUGUAAGCCGGUCUUAGUCCGUUGUCAGCUCAAGGGUUUGCGCUGGGAACGAGAAAUCUGUGAUCUAAAUUAUAUGGGAUUGAAUCGAAAUGCUAUUAAUGAACAGAAGCUGAUCAGAGAUAAAGAAUUAAAGAUCAUUUACAUGGCGCACCCGAAGAGUCCAGAGCAGCCUUUUUCAAUAAGCUCUGAUGUGAUGCUCUGCGAGGACAUCGAGAGCCAGAUGAGACCACAUGCUCAUUUGCGGCAACUAAAUGCUGAAAAGAAUAGAAAUCCUUUGAGCUUUCUCCGAGAUACCUGUGAGGUGGGCACUCAGUUUAUAGCCACUGUUCCAACUGUGGAGCUAUAUAAGAAUAGCAAGAACGUCUGUGAGACCUCGGAUGUGAGCAGUCAGAAUGCGGAGCCCUUAGAAACAGUUGAGUUAUUUGCGAAUUCUCAGAGUAUCCAGGAAACAUCUGAGCUGGGCAUAGAUCUCUGUGUAUAUCUGCAUUCAAACAAGUCUCAGCAAACGGCCACUUCGACCACGCAGCUGGAUCAGGGCGUACAAACACAACAAACCGAAGCGAGCGCAGAUAUUUCCACAACUACCGAUGAUUUGCUUACGGGGCAAUCGAGGGAUACAACUACGGAUAUGGGAGCAAGCACAACUGCAAGUGAAGGCAGGACCAAUCGAUUGAUAAAUCAGGAAGGAUCGACAGAGACAAAUGACUUAAGCACUCUACUCGAAUCCUCGCUGGGUCCAUCGUCCCAGAACGAAAUGCGAUUGAAUUUCCUACUGACAACAUCUGAAGAGAUGCUGCCAGAUGUCGUCUAUACGACAAUACAGGAGGAGCAAGCGACCAACGAUAGCUCGACAGUGAUGGAAAAAUCUUUAAAUUCAAUAGCGAUACUGCCCCAAGAUAUUUUCGCAUCCACAAGCGAGGAAUUUAGAGAUUGGAUCUACACGGCGUCCGAGGAAAUGUUGCCAAAAAUCAAUCAGACAAUCAUACAGCAAGAGCUUGCGCCGAGCAUGACGAUAAUACAGAGCGGCUUCGCAACUUCGGAGUCCACGUAUAGUGGGGAGCCACCGAUUCGAGUACUUUCUACUAGAGGAACAAUUGAAGUUGCUAGACAAGAUACUAAUACGCCGCCAAUAGAUACGUCGCAACCACAAGUAAAGCCAGAAGUAAUACUCGAAGAACCAAAACAAGAGCAAGUAAGCUUGCAUGAAAUACUGCCUCCUUCGAAUAUUAAAGGUGGGUUUUACUUAAAGCAAAUAUCUAAAGAGAGCAAUUGGCAAUACGAACAGCUGCCAAAUACCGAUGAAUCGAUAGUUUUCACAGAAAUCGAUCAGUCCCUUGUAAAUGAUAAAUGUAGUUUUAGGGAAGCUGUUCCCGGCUUACAUAUGAAACAAGUAAGUGGACAAGGCGAAGAAUUACCUAUCGAUAAGUUGUCGGAGCUCGAUAUAUCUACGUCAGUUAAACUUUUGGACGAUAAUCAAUCGAUAACAGAUCAAGAAACAACAUGUGCAACCGAACACUCAAAGGAAGCGAGUGGAGAGCUUCAACAGCUUAGUCAAUCGGUAACUGACGAAGAAUCAUCAUCAAUGGAUUCCUCAAAGGUAGUGAUUGGGGAGCCUCAGUCGGAAGAUCAAGCACUGAUAAUAACGCCCAAGCAAUCUCUAUCUGUUAUUGAGUCCGAGGAAGUUUGUGAAGAAAUUGAUCUCUCAGUGGAUCAUGUAUUCGGAAAUGGAAAUGAUUCGAAAGUGGAGAAUGAAUCGAGCUCUGAACAAAAAUUGGCACCUUUUACCGAUACUUUAGGUAUGCUAGUGCUAACCACUGAAAUGCUUGCUAGGAUCCAUAGUCAAUUGGCGCAGCUAAAAAUGGUGCCGAAUCGAUCGAAAAAUGUCGAUUGUGACCAAUGGAAACAUCAACAGGAAACUGAGAUAUGCAUUGAAAGUUUAUCGGCAACACCGCCAGAGUCGAUGUCAGAAUUAUGUGUCCUAGAAGAAAUCAAUAAAAGUACAGAUAGCUGUACGAAGGUACGUCAGCUCAUGGAUCAGUUUCCACAGAUUGCAGAUAUACCAGCUGAAGCUGCAUCGGUAGUUACCGAAAACUCCUCAGCUGCCCCAGCGAUGUGCCGAUUGCAAACUGAAGAAGGAUCUGAGACAAGUUUGCUAGAAAUCGAUUUGUCGAUAAAUAAUCAGGAUAGUUUGCCUGACAGCCUUACGAUUCCACAUCUAGAUGACUUUAAAGAUUCUGAAGCGGAAAUCUUUCUACAAUUUGAAUGUGCGACCAAGACAUCGUUGCAGAUAGAUCAGCUAGAAUCGGGGACAACAGAGGCUCGAUCUAUGACUACCGAAGUUUUUCUGUCCGCCCCAGUCGAUUGCCGAACUAAUUUGGAAGCUAAAGAAGAGAAAAGUAAGCUAGGCUUGCGAGAAACCACUCAAUCGAUGGACCAGCAGCAUACUCUCAAGCCUUUGCAUGCCUAUGAAAGUGAAAUUAUUCAAGAUAUUCAACAGGAUCGACGAGAUCAGCAUAAUCUGAUGCCCAAUAGUGAGACAACUUCCGUCUUUGCCGAUUACUCUUCUGAAUAUACAUCCAGGUGGCAGAUGCAAGUGGAAGCUGAAACAGCAUCCAAGGAACCUGCGCCGGAAGUUGAAAAGCCGAUAAAGACCGAUAACCCAGCGUUGGCAUUAGAUUGGUCGCAGGAAUCGGAGCCAUCGACUGAUACACACAGUGCGAUAAUUACGAAAAUCAGGAAAUUUAUAAAAUUGUUGCAGCCAAACGAUCAGCCGAAAUUGGCAGCCGAUCAACCGAUCAAAGGGGAAAAGUCGGAGGCAGACGAAAGUACUCUUUGCGAUCAGGCUCGCUUGGAAAAUCAACUAGAGACUAAAGGAAGAGCAGUGCAAAUCGAGCAGUCCGUAAGCCAACAAGAACCGAAAAUUGAAAUUGAUAAUCAAGGCGUUGACAGGCUGAAAGAGGUAAGGUUGCCAGCCAAGUGGCAGCACCAGCGCCAUGUCAUAGCCGCAUCUCCCUUCAUCAUCAAGCAGUUCAAGUGCAAUCCCUCGUAUCAGUGCUCAGCGCUGCAGCCCGACGGACCCAACUUCUACGAGCAGUGGAAGCAGUUCAUUGAGAUCGUGGCCACACAGCCGAGUUGCUCCAGCCCGACCAUACAUGUCGCUGCAAUCAAGCGCCGGCUCAAGGCCUACUUGCGGUGCAUGCGAAAGCAGUACGCCUACCAGCCGGACGAGUGCCUGGAGGCGAUUGGCAAGUGCCAGAUCCAGCAGCUGCUCACCUCCGAGGAGCUGCGGCUAUACGAGACUCUGCGCUGGCAGCAGCGCGAUCGCGGCAUCUCCGUCCAGCUGUCGCCCGAGGAGCGACUGGGCGAUGCGCUGCACGCCCUGCUCGGCUACGAAUGCCGGCAGCUGCGCGCCUCGGCGUUGAGUCCACGGCUCAUGCUGCGCUCGCCGCAUCACCAGAGCAGCAUCAGCGAAUCCUAUAUGCUGCUCGCCCUGGCCGAGGUGGGCUACUACUACAAGUGCCUGCAGCAGCAGCAGGAGGUGCUGCUGCAGCGAGUGGACGAGUAUGGUCGGGCACUGGCGCCGUGCCUGAUGGCCGAGCUGCAGGCGUACUCCCGAUUCUACCAACGCCACAAGGAGCAGCCGAGCAGCCUCAGUCAGGUGUACCAUCAGUCGCGCAGCUACGUCCAUCGCUUCCAGUGGCUGCUGCGGCUGUGCGGCGAGCUGAGCCACCAGUCGUCGCCGCUGCAGUAUCUGCAGCUGCAAUUGGGCCUGGGCAACGCUGGCUACGAUGAGCUGCUCAAGCAGUGGAUAGAAUCCGCCGCCGAGCCGCUGCUGAGGCGGAUUCGCGGCUGGCUGCAGCAGGGCGAGCUGCUCGAGGGCGACUUCUUCAUUGUGGAACACGCAGCUGGCAGUCAGAUCCAGAGCUAUUGGCUGCAGCAGUUUGAGCUGCGGCCGGAGCGAUUGCCGCACUUCCUCAAUCCACAUCUGGCCCGGCAGAUGCUCGCGACGGGCCGGAAUCAGCACUUUGCCCGGCACUUUUUGGCCCGGCAACUGGAGCUGGUGGUGCAGGAGCUGGAGCUGGAGCAGCAGCUGGCGUCGGCCUGCCACAGCAGCUUCCGGGAGCUGGACGAGCAGCCGCUGGUCGAGCUAAUUGGCACGCUGCAGCUGGACACAUCGCGGCAGCUGUUCGAGCAGCUGCAUCAGCUGCGACCCGAUCCCCUGGAGCUCUUGAGUCGGCUGCAUCAGUAUCUGCUGCUCACCGAUGUGGAGUUCGUGCGCGACAUGAUUGAGCUGCUGGAGCCGCUGCUGGAGCAGCCGGCCGAAUGCUAUUGUGCCACACAGCUCAACAGCAUGCUGGAGCAGCUGCUGGUUGCCCACAACAAGUCGCUCUAUGUGGCCAGGGGGGCGCAGCAGGGCAGCCGCUGCUGGUGCUGCUUCCUGUUGCGCUGGCAGCAGCCGAGCCACUGGAAGACCCUGCUCGGCGAACGGCUCGCUCAGUAUGAAUCGUGCUUUGUCUGCCUCUGGCAGCUGCACUACUCGGACUAUGUGCUCAACGAGCGGAUCCGGCGACAGCAGGCGCAUUUCUCGGAGCGCGUCAAUCUGGAGAAGUUCCCGGAGGCGCGACAGGUGCGGGAUUACUUCGAUCAGCUCAUCGAUCGGCAGCAGGCUUUUAUGCUGCACUUGCGCAGCUACAUGCUUGAGAAUAUACUGGACAGCGCCUUCGAGGAGCUCUACUUGGGCUGCAAUACGGCAAAGACUCUGGACGAACUGCUCCAACAGCAGGGCUCAUAUAUGGACAAAAUCCUGAAUGGCCUGUGGCUAACGCGGGAUAACGCCAGGCUGCGUCUGCUUGUGAUGCAGCUGUAUGAGCCCAUCUUCCAGCUGGACGUUGUGCAGCAGAAGUUUCUGUCGAUGUGCCAGCGCUUCUCUGCGGAUGAGAUGGCGCAGCGGCAGCAGGAGCUGCGCAGAUGCUGUCAGAAAACCUGCGAUGCCAUACACGAUCUGGAGCAGGACUUUCAGUUGGCUCUGGCCAACUUCCUGCUGGCCCUCUACAACACCAAUGAGCCGCAGGCGUGGGCGUUGGCCAAGAAACUGGACCAUAGCGGGUAUUACGAGCAGCGCUAUAAGGAAUUGAAAAUCGUGCACACUUUUCGCUAUCAACGAAAGAUCAAAAUUCAAAAGAACUCUCAUCUGGCAAAUCUUUAAAAAUAUGCGAAUGCUCA